CAUCCGAGUAUCUAGUUAUAUGGAACUGCGAGGGACCCGCGGGCCGAUGGGUGGCCAGGACCUGAGGGGUCAGGGGUUAGGUUUCGGCAUCGCGGCCCCAGGGACCCCGGCCAGUUCGAUAAUAACAGCAGUGCAGCAGCAGGAAUACUCAGCCAGCAUCUGGCUCCGCAGGAGAGACAAACUGGAACACUCUCAGCAGAAGUGCAUCGUGAUCUUUGCCUUGUUGUGCUGCUUCGCUGUGCUGGUGGCGCUGAUUUUCUCAGCCGUGGACGUUUGGGGCGAAGACGAAGACGGGAUCACAGAGGAGAACUGCAGCAAGAACUGCAGAGCCGUGCUUGUUGAGAACAUCCCAGAAGACAUCUCCUUGCUUGACAAUGGUACAGCCCACGUCCCUCUCUCAGUGGGGUUGUACAGUUUAUUGGACCGGGCCAUCAGGGUCGUGGAGAUCGUUUCGCCACUGUGGCUCCUCAAUUCCUCUGAUUAUGAAUCGAGCUUCCAGCCGGCUGCCAGACAGGGCCGGGCUCUGCUGUCCAGGCUUCAGGGGCUGAAAGCAAAAGGGAUCCAGCUGAAGAUCUCCAGUGGGAUGAUCGACUCGACCGAGCUCAAGAUGCUCGCCAGACACAAUGCUGAGGUGCACUAUGUGAACAUGACAGCACUGACCAAAGGUCACCUCCUCUCCUCCUUCUGGGUGGUCGACAGGAGACAUUUCUACAUCGGGAGUGCAAGCAUGGACUGGAGAUCCCUGGCCACAAGGAAGGAGCUGGGUGUGUUGGUGUACAACUGCAGCUGUCUGGCUCUGGACCUCCACAGAGUGUUCAGUCUCUACUACGGGCUCCAAUACAGAGACUUCAUCCCCUCCUUCUGGUCCAAGCGUCUCUUUGCGCUCUUCAACAAGGAUGCGCCUCUGGACUUCACUAUUAACAACACCAAGGCUCAGGCCUACAUCUCUAGCUCUCCAGAUGUUUUCAUCCCCAAACAUCGUAGCAAUGAUCUGGAAGCCAUUUCCUGGGUCAUCCAAGAAGCCCGCCAUUUCAUAUACAUCUCCAUCAUUGACUACCUGCCCCUGCUCAGCAGCAACGCCCACAAGUACUGGUCUCGUAUCGAUGGCCUUAUCCGGGAGGCUCUGAUCCUGAGGAAGGUGCGGGUACGUCUGCUGAUAAGUUGCUGGGAAAAGACUGAACCACUUACUUUCAACUUUAUCUGGUCCCUGAGGAGUCUGUGCAUGGAGCAGGCCAACUGCUCUAUGGAAGCUAAGUUCUUCAACCCCAGAGUGCAGAGGGAUGGCAGUCUCCAGGGAAUAAACCAUAACAGGUUUAUGGUGACAGACAGAGCCAUUUAUUUAGGUAACCUUGACUGGGUGGGGAAUGAGUUCCUCUUCAAUGCAGGAGCAGGCCUGGUGAUCAGCCAGCCAGAGGGUAUCGAAGACAGGAACUCCACGGUGGUGGAGCAGCUGCGGGCAGCAUUUGACAGGGACUGGUUUUCACGUCACACCCGCUCCCUGCAAGCAAACAAGAUCCCUAUUUGCAUCAAGCACCAGAACAACAGGCCGGUUCCAGGGAAAGCCAGCCACAUAGACAAUGGGCCGAUGCCUAUCAGAACAGGCCAACAUGAUACUGCACCUGCACCAAUGAGAAACAGUCACAAAGACGAUGGGCACACGCUGGUGAAAACGAGGUACCAUGAUGAGAGACCGACCAAAAUUGAUCACCAAGGCUUUGCAAAUGGAGUGGUGCCAAUUAUAGACAGUUAUCGCGAGAGGGGACAAGUUAAAAUUAGUAACCUUGACACCAGUCAGCUACAAAACAAAGGUAGUUACCAAGACAAUCCAAUGGAUCCACCCAGUCAGUCGGCGGAGAGCAGCGGCAGCAGAGAGAUGUCCAACAGAUCCCUGUGACAGCAAAGAUGGAUUCCUUUUCACUGAAUGUCUAGAGGACUGCUCUUUUUCAGCAACAGUGGACUUACAUCACUGUACCAAAGUAGAUACCAUAAUGAUGUUACAGUGGCAACAAAAUGAAUGAAAUGCCUCAUUCAUUUUCUCAAUUAAAAUGGAUAGAAAACUUGUUUUCUAUGCACUUAAUUCCAGAAGUUUGCCAUCACAAACAAUGUCUGACACGUCAGACACACUAAUGUCUACUAAACCAAUCAGUGUCAAGUAUAGCAAGAAGCAGCCCACAAGGGUGAUGACGAUGGGACGUACAUUUCAUAGAAAAGUCUGAAGUCUACUCACUAAAUUACAUGACACCAAAACUAACCAGAUCAACAGACAAACUCGACCUUUAAUACCACAAACACUAAACAAUGUAGCGACCCAUACAUCUCUUUUCUUGAGAUCAUAAUUGAAUUAGUAGAUGCACCUAUUCUGCUGUGGCAACAAGAAACAUCGUCUGGCCAUUGGAAGAUUACAGCCUUCAUUACAAUAUUUUUCCCAGGAGGAAGAGGACCUAUUGAUCGGAAAGGGUCCUCAGAGAAAGCCGUUGCUUGUUCCAUAUACAAAUCCAAGGAAAAGUCCAGAAGCUGAAUGGAUAUCUAUGGUUUCCUUUCAAAUGAAGUGUUGUGACUUAUUGAACAAAUACUAAGGAGCAGUUUGAAGAAGGGGCCAGAGGGUCUCUGCUGUCUGCCAAAUCAAUACGAUGAAUUUUUAAAAGAGCUUGACAGUUUAACCUCAAGGACACAGUGGCCUGUAAUGUCGUCCUGUGGCUGAAUAUAUAUUAUCUUUCACAUGUGAAGUCAGAGCUUAACAUAUAGUAUUGUUAGCAAAGAGCAGGUCAUAUAAUCUUGACUGAAAGCUUGUGGCAACUUUAAUUUGCAUUUUUGAAUAGCUGCAUGUCAAGUCAAGACCUUUAAACAAUCUUUUUUCUAUGUGGGCAACUUCUGCAAUUAUACUUUGUGGGUUUAUAAGGUUGAAGCAUUUUUAAUUUCCAAAGCCAUUAAUCAAGGAAACAGGGAAACAUUAACAGAUAGAGCAGCGUAGUGAGUCUUCAUCAACACCAGGCACGGGUGUUAUCACUUUUUUGUCUCAAUUAAUUAACUGGGUUGAUUAAAUAAUUUAAUUCUGCUGGUAAACGGAAUAUAUCACCGUUAGAAUGUAUGUAUGAGCUAAAACCAUGAAUUUGUUAAUUAACAUUAAAAUUAUUAGUAACUACUCAGUUGAUUUUACUCUAAAAUGCCAAAAGGUUCCAGCAUUUCUAAUAUUAUUCAUUAUUUAAAUACUAAUAUUAGUAUUUUUCUUGGUGCUCUGUGACCAGUCAUGGUCUCCAUUUUCUGAUAUUUUACAGACCAAAUAAUUGAUUGAUUAAUCAAGAAAUUGAUAAACACCUUAAUUCAUAAUGGUUACAAUGUUUUGUAGCAGAUCUUAUAUUAUACAACACCUGAUUUUUUGUUGAAUCAAUCUUGUGUUUCCAAAGAAUGCAUGUACCCUUUGUUCACCAUUUGUGCUACAUGUCAAAGAUAAGCCUCUAUACAGACUCAGUCAAUAUCUUUCCUACACAUGUAUGUACAGACAUGCAGCUGAAUCCCAGUCACGGUCAAAAAACACAACUAUAAUCUGGUCAUGAUGGAUAACUUCUGCCAUCUAGAGGAAGUCAGGAGAAAAAGCUUUUCUCACAUAAUGACAUAUUUCUCGAAAAUAAGCCUUGAUUAAAUUAACAUGUGGGUUUGCAACGUGUUUGUGUCAGUUUAUAUAAAAGACCUAAAAUUCUGUUGAGAGUUUUUAUUUUAUUGAUAUCAAGAGAUAAGAUAUGAAGAUAAUAUACAAAACACUAAAGUAUAAUCAUAUAUCCUAGUAAAAACUAUUAAAUGUUCAAUUAUAAUGUGCAAAAUAAUAAUUUUAUUUCACUUUAUUUGCUGCUGUAGUCAUUUUCUGAGACACAACCAUUAACGCAUCCAUAUACUAAUCCAGAAGUCUGACACAAAUGCUGAUGUAAAGCAAACACAACAACACGUCAUUUGUAAAAGUGUCUUCAUGCAGAAUGAGUCACACGUGAAGAGCGUUCUCCCAAUUACCACAUCCACAUAUUUUCUUAUGAAGCACUAUGUCUCCAUGCAAUAUCGCUUGUGAACUGACAGCUUGUCUGUAGUUUGAUUCUCUACUUGAUGCUGCUAUGUACUAUAAUCAUGUGGGGGCAUGAAUGCUGCUAAUAAGCCUGCACCCAGGUCUUGUUUACUUCUUUAAAAACAAUUUUGAUCUUUAUAAACAGUAACUAUUUUAUAGUUUGCAUGGACCAAGACUAAACCUUUAAUGACAUAUUUCGAAUGCAGAGUUACUGUGAGAGAGAGCACAGAUGCCAAGGUUGGAAAUCAGCAAUGGUUUAAAAUCUGAUACAGGAAAACAAUGAUGAAUGUUUCUGUGUGACCUGUUGUGCACUGUCAUCUGUUUCUCCCUCCAGUUAGACUACAGAUAUGUAAAAGUAGGUGGGAUGGAGAUAGCUGCAUAUUUAAAAUUGACGAUGCUAACUGUAAAAGCUUUUUAAUGUCGCCUACCUUUAUCCUGUUGAAUUUCUUCGGCAUGACUGUUGAUCGCAUGCCCUGCCUUUAUGAACAGUACACAGUAGCUAUGAGCCUUUCUAGAGAUGACGAUAUUAUGGAAUCUUAUAUACCUUUAAAAUACAGAUGGAAUGUAUAUUUAUUGAAUAUCCUUGUUAAUGCACACAACUGGAUUA